GUCAACUUCCUUAUACAAAUGAAUUAUUCAUCAGUCCAUUUACUUUAACUGCAAGAUUUAUACAAAUAUUCAUAAAUAUUAAUUGUCAAUUUACAUAUUCCAUUGACUUGCCAUCGGCUUUGAAAAGUAUAUGGUCAAGCAUGAAAAUGGGAAGAGAAAGGUUGAUAUUUCAUCUCUAAAGAUCUGAGAAGAAAAAACUCAGAGUAGAAUCUUUUUUAUUAUUUGAUCAGAAUCAAAACUCCUGUCCCUUCAUGUUGUUAACGGUCAAAUUGCUGUAUAUUCUGCUAUGCAGUUCUGUUUUCUUGAAGUAUUUGGCCUUAGCUGAUCAAGAGGUAAAUCAGUUCAUCUACCAUGGCUUCAAUGAAGCCAACCUGCAUCUUAAUGGGAUUGCCAAAAUCCUCCCCAAUGGUCUAUUACAGUUGACAAACAUUUCAUUCGAACAAAUUGGCCACGCUUUCUUUCCACUCCCUAUCAAAUUCAGUAAAAAUGCAUCCACCAAUUCUCAGUCUUUCUCAUUUUCUACCAGUUUUGUUUUUGCUAUUGUUCCUCAGGUGCCUGAUCUCGGUGGCCAUGGCUUUGCCUUCACAAUUUCUCCAUCUGCUGAGUUCACAGGGGCGUGGGCAGUAGGGUACCUAGGACUUUUUAAUUCAACAAACAACGGCUUGUCCUCAAACCAUGUCUUUGCUGUUGAGCUUGAUACUAUAUGGACUCCUGAAUUUAAUGACAUCAACAGCAACCAUGUUGGAAUUGAUGUAAAUGGCUUGAUUUCCAAUGUAUCAGCACCAGUGGCCUACUUUCCUGAUAAGGAAAGGGAAAAUAUGAGCUUAGAGCUCAGAAGUGGAAAUCCAAUGCAGGUUUGGAUAGAUUACGAUGAUAUGGAGCAGCUUCUCAACGUAACAGUAGCUCCUCUAACAAGCAAGAAACCGCAAAGGCCUCUAUUGUCAACAGCUAUUGAUCUUUCUCCAGUCUUCAUGGAUUCUAUGUAUGUUGGCUUUUCUUCCUCUACUGGAGCAGUGGCAAGCUACCAUUAUAUUCUUGGAUGGAGCUUCAACAGAAGUGGACCAGCUCAAAGUCUUGAUUUAUCUAAGCUUCCUUCACUUCCACCUAAAAGAGAAUCAAGUAAGAAACUUGAUUUAAGAAUUAUGGUCCCAUCAGUAACAGCAAGUAUUGUGCUGAUAAUAGCAUCUGGAGCUGUUUAUAGGAGGAAGAGAUUUGAAGAAUUGCACGAAGAUUGGGAACAGGAAUAUGGUCCUCAAAGAUUCUCUUACAAGGAUCUCUACAAAGCAACAAGAGGAUUCAAAGAUAAAGAGCUGCUGGGAUUAGGAGGUUUUGGAAGGGUUUACAAAGGUGUAUUGCCUUCUUCCAAUACACAAGUUGCGGUUAAGAAAGUCUCACAUGAUUCCCAACAAGGAAUUAAGGAAUUUGUUUCUGAGAUUGUCAGCAUGGGGAGGCUAAGGCAUAGGAACCUGGUGCAGCUCCUAGGCUAUUGCCGUCGAAAGGGAGAGCUGCUCUUGGUAUAUGAUUAUAUGCCUAAUGGAAGCCUUGACAAAUUCCUAUUUCAAAACGACACACCAGAUUUGAAUUGGAUUCGCCGAUAUCAAAUCCUGAGAGGAGUUGCAUCUGCCAUGCUUUACCUCCAUGAAGAGUGGGAACAAGUCGUUCUGCACAGAGAUGUUAAAGCUAGUAACGUUAUGCUAGAUGCUGAACUUAAUGGACGGUUAGGAGAUUUUGGGCUAGCUAAGUUCUAUGAUCAUGGAUCAAUUCCUCAAACAACCCGUGUGGUUGGAACUGUGGGAUACCUUGCACCAGAGGUUUCAAGAACAGGAAGGGUCACUACCAGCAGUGAUGUUUUUGCCUUUGGAAUCUUAAUGCUUGAAGUGGCUUGUGGAAGAAGGCCUAUAGAGCCAGAAAGACCACCUCAGGAGGCGCUUUUGUUAGACUGGGUUCUUGAAUGCUGGAAAAGAGGGGCCAUUCUGGAGACGAGUGAUCCUAGACUGGAAGGUAGGUAUAUGGCAGAAGAAAUGGAAAUGAUUUUGAAGCUAGGCUUGCUUUGUACUCACGUUACACCAGCAGCAAGGCCUAUCAUGAGACAAGUCAUGCAAUAUCUGGAUAAAAAUGCUCCCUUACCAGAUAUACUAUUGGAUGGUCCUGGCAUAGGCUUGGUCACAGUUAGCCAAGAAGCCGCUGGAGAUUUCUAUUCGUCCUCCCCUGCAUCUAAUGAUUAUUCUGUGUUGUCUAUUACCACCUCCAUCCUUAGCUACGGUCGCUGAAUCUGAAAUGUAAACAUUCCCUGAGCCAGUCGCGCUUUAUCUAUAGGUGCAAACUUAAAAUUAGUGCUGCUUAUUAGAUGUAAUGAGGGUGAAGCAGAAACCAGAGUAUCAUGUUGUAUACAUUUAAAUGGCAUGCUGUUCUAUAAUCUUAGUCUUGAUAAUUUCUUUAUGGAUUUAAA